AUGAUGGACACGUAUGAAAAACAAUAUAAAAUCCCCGAGGACAUUUGUGCGUCGGCCUCCAGACCGGAUAUAUUUUUGUUUUCGCGAAUUUUAAAGCGCGUAGUGAUGAUAGAGCUUACGGUCCCGUGGGAAACCAACAUCCCCAAAGACCAUACCAUCAAGGUCAACAAAUAUUACGAGCUCACAAACGAACUCACUCGAAAUAGGUUCGUAGUAGAUUUGUACGCGGUGGAGGUGGGAGCGAGAGGUAUAACAGCGAAAUCUCUCUAUAACCUACUAAAGGACUUGGGCUUGUCCAGAACUCACAUUAAUGCAUUCUUGGAACGUACAUCGAAGGCAGCCCUAGUAGGUUCUUUUCAAAUUUGGUUAGGUAGGGAGAGGAGCUUGGACAGUGGAGGUGAGAGUAUAACGCGCGUUAGUUAA